GCCUUGAAGAAUGGGAAGGUGAAAUUGCCAAAUACGAACGUGAGUACAAGAAAACAGUUGAUGCAGAUCUGAAGCUCGCGAUUCUGUCCGAAGUCGCCCCCAAGACUCUUGCCCCUCAGAUUGCGAUGCAUUCCGCUCACCUUACCACCUAUAAGACGCUCCGUGAGUUCAUUGUGCAAUACCUGAAGUCCAAGAACCUUUGGAAGCGUGGUGCCGGUACUGCCUUCGGCACACAGUCUGCGUCACCCGCAGCUCCAUACUCUGGGCCGGGCCAGCACCCAUGGAGAUUGGAGCGGUGGAAGCGGACAACAAGUCAAAACCAAAAGGUGAUAAAGGUGGUAAGGGUGAUAGAAAGGGCAAGCCUGGCAAAGGUUCUAAGGCUGCAAGCAGCAAAGGUGACGGUAAAGGUAAGGAUAAGGGCAAGGCCGAUGCCGGCAAUGCCAACGCCACAAAAGGACCUCCGUGUGCAAUUUGUGGCCCCGAACCACACCACUGAAGCGUGUUACUUCAAUGCCCGCAGCUUUCCGAAAGGAGACGGCAAGGGCAAACGCACGUCGACAUCAAGUUCGACGAACGUGAAUGCGGUCGACGGAACAGUUCCUGACAACGGCGAGCUGACCAGCACGAUUGCAGCAUUGCAGCAGCAACUUGAAGCACUUCGGCUCACCGGCGCAUCCUCAGUGAGUGCUUCGUCCACGUCGUCUGCCAUCGUCGGCCGCAGAAGCCAAUCGACCCAAGGCGCCAUUUCACAAAAAGAACAGCCGAUGCUGUUUGCCGUCGCUGAGGCUGAGGUUGCCGAAGCCGUUUGUUCCACAAUGCAGGGUGACGGAGGACAGAAGUACAUUUUGGUUGACUCAAGCGCCACCACCAGUUGUGCUAGUGCAAAGCAUUUUCCCAGUGCCGCACUCGACGCAUCAAAACGCAAGCAGCUGUGGGCCGUCAACGGAACGCCAAUACAACAGCAGGGCGAGCUUGCAGCUCACACCACCCUCUCAGCAACAACAGCCGACGGAGUGGACGUCAAAAUGCCUGCAAGGUUUCGUUUGGACUCCACAGACAUCACCGAACCGGUGAUGGCUUUCUGCCGCAUCUUGGAUGACGCCGAUUGCGACAUGCACUUCUACCGUUCAUCCUCCGGCAAGCCGGCGCACAUCCAAACACCAGACGACCACACCAUCGUCCUGCCCCGGUUUGGGUCCCUGUUCUACAUGCCGUUUGAGGAUCGAACAAGCGGUGCUGCGCCGCCAGCGUUCGUUGCAGCACAGCGCCACGAAGAUGAUGUGUCUGCUCUGCCGCUCCCGCCGAAGAAUCGGCUCCGGAGGAUGGCAGCGUCGACAUCGACGUUGACUUGGAUGGCCAACCGGAGUCACCUCAACCACGUCAUCUUCCUGCACCCGCUGCGCCCACGGACGACGAGCGAGCAUUGCACAACCUCACCCAUGCUGAUUUCGCACCAUGGUGCCGCCAUUGCAUUACUGGCAAGGCGGCCGAGUCUGGACACAAUCGGCAAAUCAAGAACGCAGAUGCUGAGGUGCCUCGAUUAUGAAUUUUUCAGCCGCGAGGGCCAACUAGUAGAAGAAGAAAGCCGUGCAGCCAUAGUCCUCACGGCCACUGACACUUCCUCCGGAUGGCCUCUGAUGGUGUUCGUGCCUGAGAAAGGCUUACGUGAUCAAAGCGAUAGUGUCAUGGAUUAA